GAUAACACCGAAGAAGAACGCACCGUCACCAACACCGUUUUGUGGCUUCAUGUCAUUUCCAUUUUGGGAUCAUUAUUUCUCUCUUUUCUUUCCUUUCCCUUUAUAAAUUUGCUGAUCCUUUUGUGUUGUGUGUGUGUGUGUGUGUGAGAGAGAGAGAUUCAACCUAACAAGAAACUAAGAUGGCACAAGUGAAGAACAAACAAGUGAUUCUGAACGAUUAUGUUUCUGGUUUUCCUAAGGAAACAGACAUGAACAUUGUUGAAAGCACCAUAACUUUGAAGCUUCCAGAAGGUUCCAAUGAGGUUUUGCUCAAGAACCUCUACUUGUCUUGUGAUCCAUACAUGCGGAUUCUUAUGAACAAACCCGAUGGCCCUUCUCUUGGUCGUAGCUAUGACCCUUCCUCUCCAUUAGGAGGAUAUGGUGUGGCUAAAGUCCUGGAAUCUGGACACCCUGAUUAUAAAAAAGGUGAUUUAGUGUGGGGUGUUACUAAGUGGGAAGAGUAUAGCUUGGUCCCCUCAGCUCAAAUACUUUUCAAAAUUGAGAACACUGAUGUUCCACUUUCCUACUAUACUGGAAUUCUUGGUAUGCCAGGAAUGACUGCGUAUUCGGGUAUUUUUGAAGUAGGUUCUCUCAAGAAAGGAGAGAAUGUUUUUGUUUCAGCUGCCUCUGGCGCAGUUGGUCAACUUGUUGGGCAAUUUGCUAAACUGUCAGGUUGUUAUGUCGUUGGAAGUGCUGGAACUAAAGAAAAGGUGGAUUUAUUGAAGAAUAAAUUUGGAUUUGAUGGAGGUUUUAACUACAAGGAAGAGCCUGACCUCAAUGAAGCUUUGAAAAGGUCUGUACUUAACAGUUUUGUAUUAGACAUAUUUAAAUUAACUUUUCUUAUGGCCAUUAAAAUUUGCACUACUAUCCGUAAAGGCAUCGAUGUUUACUUCGAGAAUGUCGGGGGCAAGACACUUGAUGCCGUACUCCUGAAUAUGAGAAUCCAUGGCCGCAUACCCGUAUGUGGAAUGAUCUCACAGUAUAAUCUUUCUCAACCUGAAGGUGUAACAAACUUGACAUCUCUCAUAUAUAAGCGGAUUCGUAUGCAAGGUUUUGUUGUAGCUGAUUUCUAUCACCUAUAUCCCAAAUUCCUGGAGUUUGUCCUGCCUCUUAUUAGAGAAGGGAAGAUUGAGUAUGUUGAAGACAUAGCUGAGGGUCUUGAGAAUGGCCCUGCAGCAUUGGUUGGCCUUUUUAGUGGUCUAAAUGUUGGAAAACAAGUGCUUGUUGUUGCUCGUGAAUAAAAGCAUUUGCUUUUUCUAUACAUUGUUAUGUUAUCAGUUUUUGUUCUGAUUUUUGGUUGAAAAUGUAGCAACAUUUUAUAUCACCUUUGCAGUCAUCUUACUGAACUGUAUGAUGAUGUUUUUUUAUUGCUGAUUGUCUUGUGGGCAGUAUCAAUGUACUAUAUACUUGUUG